AUGCGCUUUGUUAUGUUAAUACAAUACUCGGCCGUAUCGUCGAGUCCACAGGAGUACCUGGUGGUUACGACGCAGCUAUGCUUAUUGAGCGCAGCCAUUCUGCUCGCCUUUUUCAAUACCAUCACGCCGUUGAUGUUCAACGGCCACCUGCCACAAUACUAUUUUGGAAUGGCCGUAUUUUCGGGGGUGAUGGCAGUUUUGGCGAGGAAAGCCUGGAGACGAGUGGAGAAUCAGGAAGAAGAGGAAAAGCCACUUCUUCCACCAUGUGGAGCUCCGCCCAAGUAUACUGAAAACGAGCUGUUGUUU